AUGGCCCAAUCCGAGCAUUCCGUAGAAGGACAUUUAAACCCCGAAAAUCUGGAUCCCAGGGCACCCACCCCAUCCUCAUUCAACAAUACUGACAUCCUCGCCCCCACACCACGAUACUUCAUGACGCCAGCAAUGCUGGAAGCACUCCCCACGAGAAGGGGACCCUCAGCAAGGCUGGUAGAAGAAUUCGCCGCCCUAUACCCCGAAGAAUCAAGGACAGGGAGACGUUUCCAUCAGUGGGAAUACGAUAUCCAUGCCCGCGAACACUCUGUAGAAGACAGGCAGCGAUAUCGAACGCAACCAGUAGAUGUGGUAGCAAGGCACGGAGGGGCUGCAAGGGGACAAGACUAUGUCUGGUCGAGUCAUGCAUCAGGAACCCCACCAGGGUACGAACGAUACAGAUUUCCGGAUAACAGACAAAGCUAUUAUCUGGCACGACCCGGUCUCCCCCCACCAAACGAGGAUGUCCCAGGAUUUUGGACCCAGCCGACCGAUAUGAGGCGUGCUUACCAGCACCUCCAAAAUGACUACAAUCGACUACGUAGUCGACUCGACGUCGCACGAAGAGAGGUAGCAGAAGCACGGGAAGGACGCCUAGCGGCCGAAGCAACCCGAGACCGUCUCAUGAGGCAGGUGGACGAAAACGAGGCUUCACGAACAGAGCGCGGCAACCAGAUCCACAAGCUAACAACGGAACUGGAAGCCUUCAAGAAAGCACUCAAAUCCAGCGAGGAAAGGGUAACGGGUCUAGAAGGCAUCAACAAGACCCAAGAAACCCGAAUCCACCUCCUGGAAGCCAUGACGCGUCCACCACCACAGGAUCCCGGGCAGCAGGAUAUUCGGGAUUGGGUAAAAGGAGUCGGCGGAACCGCCGGCCCUAGUGGGCUCAAACCGGCACACCAGGCAAACCCUGAGCAGCCGCCCUCUAGGGUGCAGACGCCCCCAAUGUCCCCGGCGCACUCAUACAAGGGAGAUGAAGAUGACGAGCUGGCAGGGGCACUAUUCGCAUUCCCCCCAGAGUGGCCGGUCCCACCACCAGAUCGGGACCGUCGCUCCGCAGCCCCGCCACCAGCAUCCUCGGACGAGGUACACAGAAAGUCGUUCCGAGGACCAAAGGUCAAUCUCCCGGAGCCAUUCGAUGGCACCAAGGCAAAGGCAAAGGCAUGGCUCGUCGAUGUAAUGAACUACAUCGUCAUGAAGCCCAGCGAAUUCGAGGAUGAACAAAGUAAGAUUCGCUGGGCCAUGUCUUACAUUCGUGGACCCCAAAUAGAUCAUUGGAAAGCCUCCCUGUUGGAAAGGAUGAUGGGAGGACCCCCGGUCUACGCCACGCUCCAGGACUUCAUCGCAGACUUCAAGAAGAUGUACUACCCUGCGAACCCGGAGCUGGAGGGUCAACGAAUGCUGCGAUCCAUGCAGCAAAGAUACAAGCCUUGGGAAGAGUUCGAAGCCGAAUGGGAACAUUGGGUCAAGGUCUCGGGGUACAAGGAUGAGCAACUGUUGCUCCAACUGCUUAGGACGGCCAUGCGGAAGGAGCUCUGUGACAGAGUCUGGUCGUCCGAAGGAAUCAGCCGGGACGUCAACAGCUACAGCCUGUGGAAACAGGUUGCAGCCCGGCUGGACCUUCAACAGCAGCAACAGUGGGCAUCCACCUUCGAGGACCGAAAGGGCAAGGGGAAAGCCAAGGACUCCAGAACCCGACAAGUCCACCAGGAGGAAGGUUCAACAACGGUAACGGCAAAUGCGGUUAGGACAACAGGAAGGGCGCCCAUCAGAAACAUCGAUGAGGCAGGAAAAGCGGUACCGCACAAGGAAACGGUAGGCGUCGAAAACGAACGCGACAAGCACCGGAAGUGUGGUACCUGCGGGAAGGAAAGGUCGGAGAAGGGGUCGUGCACGGAUAUAUGGCACACCCAUUAUUACGAUGGAAAGGCGCAGUGCUGGCGCAAAAAGGAUGCCCAGCCUGCAGCUCGGGCCAGUACGGUAGAAGAAACCGAGGCCGUACGAGCAUUCAAGGCGGCCAUUGCGGCCAACCCCGCUCUGCUCAACCAGGCGGGUUUUCAAUUCGGCAAGGCUUAA